AUGGUUGCAGUUUCGCUUUCUUUGUGCGUGCUCGCUCUUCCAAUACAGCUAUCCAACAGCUUGAAUCUUGAGGCUAUAGACCCGAAUAUCUUACGUUUGACCUCACGGGCCAGUUACGUGAACUCAAUUGACGCGGUGGCUGACAACAUCCGCCUAGCUGCUCGAGCUGGACAAGCCAACUAUCUGGAGACUGCAACGCGGCUUGUCGAGACCAUCGUCCCCGGGGCAGCCUUUCGCAUGAUCGAUGACCACUACAUCGGUGAGAACGACGUGGCGCAUGUCCACUUUCGACAAACUGUCCAUGACAUGGACAUUGAUAAUGCCGACUUCAAUGUCAAUAUCGGAAAAGAUGGGACAGUCUUUUCGUACGGGAACUCGUUCUAUACUGGAAAGAUUCCCCAAGGCGACCCUCUUCUCACACAGGAUGUCAUCGAUCCAGUGACAGCCCUUGACCGUGCAUCUAAAGCACUGAGCCUGCCACUUUCCCUGGACAAUUUGAAGUGCGAGAGAGUUCAGGGGACAAAUAAUCAUGUAUUCCAGGGCACGUCGGGGGCCAUCACUGAGCCCAAAGCAAGAUUAGUCUUUUUAGUCAAGUCCGAUGAGAGUCUCGCUCUGACUUGGAGAGUGGAGGCGCACAUGGACUCGAAUUGGUACUUGGCAUACGUGGAUGCAGGCGCCAAUGCGACACUCCAUGGUGUCGUGGACUAUGCUUCUUCUGCUACCUACGAGGUUUAUGAAUGGGGGUUGAAUGAUCCAACGGAGGGGGUACGCACGAUUGUCACCGACCCGUGGGACAAAACCGCCUCUCCCUUCACAUGGCAAGGGGAUGGCAACACCAUCUACACCACUACGCGAGGAAACAACGGGAUUGCCCAGUCCAAUCCUUCUGGUCUGGCACCAUACAUGGACAACUAUCGGCCCAGCAGCCCAGCCUCCAAGUUCGAGUACGCCUACUCACCGACCAUGUCCCCUCCGGAUGCGUACGUCAACGCAUCCAUCACCCAGUUACUCUACACAGCGAACACCUACCACGACCUCCUCUACACGCUGGGAUUCACCGAGAAAGCCGGCAACUUCCAAUGGAACAACAGCGACCGGGGCGGCCGCGAGACCGACUACGUGAUCCUGAACGCGCAGGACGGGCUGUCGUACAACAACGCGUACUUCAAGGCUCCUCCCGACGGCGAGCCAGGCCACAUGCGCAUCAACAUCUUCACGCACUCGGAUCCGCCGCGCGACGCCGACUUCGAUGCGGGGAUGGUCAUCCACGAGUACACGCAUGGCUUGUCGACGCGACUGACGGGCGGCCCGGCCAACUCGGGGUGCCUGUCGGCCUUCGAAGCCGGCGGCAUGGGCGAAGGGUGGAGCGACUUCAUGGCCACCGCGGUGCGUUUGAAGCCCCACGACACACGCACCACCGACUACGCCUUCGGUGGCUGGGCGUCCAACGCCUCGGGGCAGGGGUCGCGUCUCUACCCUUACUCAACCUCGCUGACCACCAACCCGCUCACCUACGCCAGCGUGAACGGGAUGCUCAUGCUCCAUGACGCAGGGUCGGUGUGGGCGAGCGUACUGUACGAGAUUCUGUGGAAUCUAAUCGAUCGAUACGGUAAGAACGAUGGCCUCAAGCCGACCUUCCGCGACAAGGUGCCCACGGACGGGAGGUAUCUUGCUAUGAAACUGGUGAUGGAUGCGAUGGCGCUACAACCUUGCAAUCCAACAUUUCUUCAAGCCCGGGACGCCAUUCUAGAUGCCGAUAGGGCGCUCACAAAGGGGGUCAAUCAGUGUGCCAUCUGGAAGGGCUUUGCCAAGCGGGGCUUGGGCCAAGGGGCUGAGACCAAGGGGUCAGUUCGUUUGGACAGCAACAUCGUCCCCGUUGGGGUGUGCUGA